AUGGAACGUCUACCAGUACUCAUAAAGAGCAAUGGACAAUGGAAUGAAGAUCACAAUUAUGUGAACUAUGUGACUAGUGGAGAAUUCAUACCAACAAAAUGCAACUAUGAAGAGCUACUGCAAAUACUGCUUACUUUAUUGGGGUGCGAAAACACCAGAACAACACUACAAAUACAGUACCAAGCUAAAGAAGGAAUACCACCGAUAAAAAUAUUCAACGAUCGAAGCCUCUACUUUUACUUGGAAUUGAAAAUCAAAGAAACAGAUUUCACCACAUAUCCACUAUGCGUCAACCAGCAAAACAACAACACAACACUUGUUGCAACACCAAAUUUGAUAUCCACAACAACACCGUAUGAAGAUAAUGUGGCAAUGAUCGAAAACAACACAACAACGCUUGAAAACAACAUAACAACAACAGAAUCAUACACAACGGGACAGCAAACAGAAGAAGGGGAACAGUCAGAAACAAGAGAAGAUGAGAACGAAAAAUUCGACAUAAUUGACUAUGCAAAUCUGGUUGCUGAAGAAAUGGUAGAAAAACUUGAAAACACCAGUAAAAAACUGGAUCCAGAAAUCGACAUCAACAACGCAAAGUUAAUAAUAGACAAGCAUCACCCCGAAGUGGAAAAAGGACAGGCAUACAAAGACAAGGAAACUCUAAAGAAUGUCCUCAGCUACUACUCAAUCAAAAACAACUUUCAGUACAAAGUGUUGAAGUCCUGCUCUCAAGAGUACAGUCUGAAAUGUGUUUACGAAAGCUGCAAUUGGUCUCUACGAGCAUCGAGAAAUGGCCCAACAAACACAUUCAUAAUCAGGAGGUUCUCAAAAAUCCACACAUGCCCCAUAAAUAUUAGGCAUGAAGACCAAAGGCAAGCAACAUGGAAAUUGAUCGGGGAUUGCAUAAAACCGAAGUUCCUGAACAUAAAGACAAAGGCAACACCGAUGGACAUAAAAGGAGAGUUGAAAUACAGGUAUGGCAUCAAGAUGAACUACAUGAAAGCUUGGAGAAGUAAGGAACAUGCAGUAAAUGACUUAAGAGGAAACGAUAGUGACUCGUACAGCCUAAUACCGAGUUUCUUACACAUGGUGGAAAAAAAAAACCCAGGAUCAGUUGUGGAUCUGAAAACAACAGAAGACAACAACUUACUCUUUGUUUUCAUGGCAUUAUCUAUAAAAGGGUGGGGAGCAUGCAGACCGAUAGUUGUUGUGGACGGAACAUUCCUCAAAGUAGCUUAUGGGGGAACUUUGUUGUGCACAUGCACACAAGAUGUAGCAGGUCAUAUUUUCCCACUAGCGUUUUGUGUUGCAGAUUCUGAGAAUGACCAAUCUUGGAAAUGGUUCUUCAAAAAAUUUAAAGAAGCGUAUGGGGUCUGGGAACACCAAUGCCUAAUUUCAGACAGGAAUGAAAGCCUCAUCAAAGCAGCAAGAGAAAUCUAUCCAGAAAUUACACACAGUUACUGCGGUUACCACAUUUUGAGCAACCUUAAAACAAGCUUCAAACAACAUGCUGCCAAAUACAAUCUGCCAUUCUUUGGAGCAGUCAAAGCCUACACAGAAAAGCAAUUCGAGUUCCACAUGGCUGAAUUGGAUGGAUUGGACAAACGCAUAAGACCUUACCUAAAAAAAGUCAGUUAUGAAAAGUGGUCAAGAAUUCAUAGCCAAAACAAGAGGUAUUCUACAAUGACCUCAAACAUAUCAGAAUCACUGAACGCCGCAAAUCUAGCAGCAAGGGAGCUACCAAUUACAACGCUGCUAGAAUGCUUGAGAGCAUUGGUGCAACAAUGGACGCAUACUAAUAGGACAAAAGCACACAACACCUUUACUAAGCUAUCACAAGCUGGAGAAGACAUACUGCUGAAAAAUUACACAUACUCAUUGAAUCUGGAGGUUAAGGCAACAACAGAUUACUUGUUCGAGGUAACAAGAAUGAAAGAAUCGUGGGAAGUAGACCUAGAAAAAAGAACAUGCACGUGCAACAGGUUCCAAAUAGAUGAAAUGCCCUGCGGGCACGCUGUGGCCGUGAUGAGGGAGAUGAACAUGGACCCGUACACCUACUGUUCAGAUUACUACACAAAAAAAAAAUUGGCUGGCAACUUAUUCAGGGACAGUUUACCCAAUAGGACACCAAAGUGA